AUGCAGCCGAUAAGACAACGGCUGGCGUGCAUGGCGCGCCAGGCGCGUGCCCGGCCCGCCCGCCUCACGGCCGCGCCGGCUGUCCGCUUCGCCUCGACCGACAGCCACGGCGACCACCACGACCAUCAUGAGCACCACGGCCCUGUCGAUGAACCCAUGGGUACCGCCUGGUACAUUGCCGUCGGCGCGAUCCCCCUUACCUAUGCUCUGUACACCCUGUCCCGGCCCGGCAAGGACGGCGAGCCCACGGCCAUUGAGGCCUACCUCAACAAGUUCUCCUACCUGCGCGAGCAGUGGGAGACCCGCGGUCACCUGCACACCGCUGCUGUGGAGCAGGCCGCGCACGACAAGAACCUGUUCUACACCGUCGAGCGCAGCUCCAACAUUGACCUGCGGUAUCCUGAGGUCUUCCAAUCGAGCUCGCCGUACAACAUCCCCGCUGGCCACAACGUCAACCUCGACAAGGUGGUCGCCCACUACCGCGAACAGCACAACAAGGAGGUCGAGCGGCAACAAGCGGCCGCCGCUGCCCGGACGAAGGAGUAA